AUGGCCCGUCACCAAACAAACUGCCACUGGGCCAUCGAGUUGCUCGAAGCCGUCUUCAUCUUCAUCGCCGGGAUCGCGACCGCCGCCGUGGCUGCCGUUGGCUUCCUGAAGAGCGGCAGCAUUGCCAUCGUUUUCCUAGGCGGGCUGCCUGCUGUAUUCUUUUUCGCCAUCGGCUUCCGCAUAAGCUCGGCCGCUCUUCGGAAAAGGAGAUCUGCAUCGCGUCCUGAGGUCGAAGGUGACGAGGACGGAACGUUGCCUAGGAUUGCUGGCCAUGGGCCCCAAUGGCGGCACCACCAACGCGACUGCAUUCAGCUUCCAGCCAGUGCCAUUGCCCAACUUAGGGAAAGCGGCGUUUACCCCAGCGGCGGCGCCGGUGAGGAGUGCGCGGUCUGUCUCUGCAAGAUCGGGGACGAUGGUGUGCCGACGAGGCAGCUGCCGGCGUGCCGGCACGUACUCCACAAGGAUUGUAUUGAGCGGUGGCUGCACAUCCACCCGACGUGCCCCAUCUGCCGGAGCAACGUGCCUCGGGACUCUACGGAGGUCAUGCCGCGCCUGAAUGCCUGA